CAUUUUUUAAACGCCAUAUUGCAGGAGUUUCCCCCCUCCCCAAUCCCCCUAAGAAUUAGUGAGUUGAGUUUCCCUCCUGGAGGAGGUGGCUCUUUGGAAGCGCCGUGGGUGCACUCCGGGUGGGUGGGAAGGAGGAUUCCCCGUCCCCCUUGCAAGCAGCACCGACAUCGGCGGGGGUCCCUAAGGAGCCCCAGGAACCCAGUUACUCGGCGCGUUGGAGACUAAGCCCGCAGGCAGCUGGGGAGAAUUGCUCAGGGAUCAACGGGGAGCUCUGAGUGCGCGAGCGGCUGCGAUGGCUUCCAAACUCCUGCGAGCCGUCGUGUUGGGUCCCCCCGGCUCUGGCAAAGGGACCGUGUGCCAGAGAAUUGCCGAGAGCUUCGGGCUCCAGCACCUUUCCAGCGGGCACUUCUUGCGGGAGAACAUCAGGGCAAAGAGCGAAGUUGGUGUCUUGGCAAAGCAGUAUUUAGAGCGAGGGCUUUUGGUACCGGAUCAUGUCAUCACCAGUGUCAUGAUGAUGGAGCUGGAGAAAAAGCAGUCUCAGCAUUGGCUACUUGACGGUUUUCCUAGGACACUGGUGCAAGCUGAAGCACUUGACAGACUCUGUGAACUGGAUCUAGUGAUCAAUUUAAACAUUCCAUUCGAGACGCUAAAAGAUCGUCUAAGCGCUCGUUGGAUUCAUCCAGCUAGUGGAAGAGUUUAUAAUAUGGAGUUCAACCCACCUCAUGUACAUGGGAUCGAUGACAUCACGGGUGAACCAUUAAUCCAACGGGAGGAUGAUAAACCUGAUGCUGUUGCUGCUAGGCUAAGAAAAUACAAAGAUGCUGCAAAGCCAGUAAUAGAAUUAUAUAAGAGCAGAGGUGUCCUACACUCAUUUUCUGGGACAGAGACCAACAAAAUCUGGCCCUAUGUUUACACUCUGGUUUCCAGCAAAAUCCGGCCUGUCCGUUCCAAAGAAGCUGAUUAACCAUCUUAUGUAGAGGAUCAAGAAUUUAAUAUUGUUGUUCAUUUUGUUUCUCUGUGCCGUCUUGGUGCUGUGCCCAGUUAGAGGAUAGUACAAUGUCUAGAACAACUUCUUGGGUUUACUGGAGUUUACGGUUCUGGUAAUGCAGUUACAGCCAGCGUCAGGGUGGAAAAGAACUUUCUGUAAAAGGUGAAGUCUGCUGGAAUAAACUUUAGUUUUCAUGCUAUAAAGUAUUGCUGAUGUGAUCUGGGAAUCCUAAUCAAUGAUGCAGAUUUAGAUAUACUCUUUGUCAAAAGCAACAAAGAAUCCCGUGGCACCUUGUAGACUAACAGACCUAUUGGAGCAUAAGCUUUC